GAAGUACUUAUGUAUGCUGUAGCUAACUAGCUAUGGAUAGCACAGUGGACUGAAAGUGUGUGACAGCAAAGUUUGUCUUAGUUUGAUUUAUGAGUCCGGCUACCGUUCGUGUGUGUUUAACAUAUGCCAGGUUACGUCGUGGUUAGCGGGCGGUUGUGUCGCUGAGAGGAGAGGAGUGAAAAGUGUGUGCCAUGAAAAUGAUUUUCUUACCACUGUCUGAUAGGCCAUGAUAGGCUUAUCAAGUUAUGCAGGGGUUAUGGAAAGUGUAAUGAAUUCUGCUGAAGAACAGCAACCCUCCUCUCCCCUGGCCAACGCAUGGUCCAAAAAACAGGACUCAAGCAAGAAUCAAAAAACAAAAGGUGUUGGUGGAUUUGUUUUAGUGCAUGCUGGAGCAGGAUACCAUUCUGAAUCUAAGGCCAAGGAGUACAAGCAUGUGUGCAAAAGAGCCUGCCAGCGAGCUGUGGACCAGCUCAAAGCUGGGGCACUUGCAGUUGAAGCAGUGGCAGCAGCACUGGUUGAACUUGAGGAUUCUCCUUUUACAAACGCGGGCAUGGGUUCCAACCUUAAUUUGUCUGGAGAAAUUGAAUGUGAUGCAAGCAUCAUGGACGGGAAGUCACUGCAUUAUGGAGCUGUAGGCGCUAUUAGUGGUAUUAAGAACCCAGUGUUAGUUGCAAAUCGUCUACUGAGUGAAGCACAGAAAGGGAAACUAUCAGCUGGCAGAAUACCACCCUGCUUUUUAGUGGGGCUAGGAGCACAUGACUGGGCUGUCAGCCAUGGAAUACCACCGUGCCCUUCAGAGAAAAUGGCCACCAAGUUCAGUUUAUCUGCGUACAAGAGGAACAAGAGAAAGAUGGAACUGGCAGAGAAAAUGGACAUGGGACAUAAUCAGACAAAGAAAAGAAGACAAUCAAGUGAAAAUGAAAAUGGUUCAGGGUGUCUUGACACUGUGGGAGCCGUGGUGGUAGACCUGGAAGGGAAUGUAGCUGCAGCGGUGUCCAGCGGAGGCCUGGCCAUGAAACAUUCCGGCAGGGUUGGCCAGGCUGCUCAUUAUGGAUGUGGCUGCUGGGCUGAAAAUGCCUGUAACAUGAACCCUUACUCUACAGCAGUGAGUACCUCAGGCUGUGGAGAGCAUCUGAUUCGCACCAUGCUGGCACGGGAAUGCUCUGCUGCCAUGCAGUCUGAAGAUGCCCACCAAGCACUGUUGGAGGCUAUGCAAAACAAGUUCAUCAGUUCACCCUUUCUGGCCAGCGAGGAUCGUGUUUUGGGUGGAGUAAUUGUCUUGCGGUGCUGCAGAUGUGUGGAGGCUCAGCCUUCUCAAAAUAUUCAGGGUAUACUGGUGGAGUUCCUAUGGAGUCACACCACAGAGAGCAUGUGUGUUGGCUACAUGUCUGCCCAAGAUAGCAAAGCAAAGACACACAUAUCCAGAUUACCACCCGGAACUGUUCCUGGACAGUCUUUGGCCAUUGAGGGAGGAGUAUGUCGACUGAUGAGCGUAGUGGAGUGAGCCGCAUUCACCCUUCUUCUGGGCUUCUUCAGCAAUACUCCAAUACAUACCCUUCCACCCACUCGCAAACACACACAUACACCACCCUCAUCGGCCCACCACCUUUUUGAUGCCAGAAGUAAUGAGCUUGAGCUGUUUUAACAGGUGUCCAGGAAGGACGGAAGGGUGUUAGCUUCUACUUAGUGCACUUACAGGACUUCCCUUUGCCACUGUCUGCCUCCAGCAUGUACUCUAUGCCAAUUUACCCCCCAGGCUCUCCAGUGUCACCUGGACUAGACUUGAUGCACCAUUUUUUUCUUUGUUACUCUUUUCAAACUAAAAGUGGCAUCCUCUCUUUUGUAUAUAAGCUAUGAUUUAGGAAAACAGGGUGGAUGUUCAUUUCAUUUUGUAUUGCUGAACAGAUGUGACUAUUUUCAAACUUUUAGUAAUUUCAAAUGCAAGACCUUAUUUUGUUCUUAAAAUACUUUUCAUGUUUAAAAAGAUGUCAGAUUGCACCUUGUGGAAUGCCUGCUACUCAACAUAAUUGUUAUGAAUUCAUGUACUCCUGCAGGCCUAUUGUUAUUAAUCCUACAGCAUACUGUAUAAUGUAGCAUAAUGUGCAUCUUAGAAUCUCAUGAUGAAUUUUAUAACCAUUUCAGCCAUAGAAUGCUUUUCUUUGAUUGUUUUUAAAUGUGAAUGCAUAGAUAUUGCAUGUACAAAAUCUACAGUAAGCCACUUUCUGUUCUUUGACAGGCAUAUAUAUAUAUAUAUAUAUAUAUGUGUGUGUGUGUGUAUAUAUAUAUAUAUAGUGCUCAGGUAGCAGCAUCUGACCCCACCGCCAAACAUGACUGUUAGUCAUCAUUUAAAGAUAACAAUCUAUAUUUGUAUCGUCACACUGACAUAGACAUGUAUUUUCUUGCUAAAAAAAACAGACAGCUAAGAACUAAUUUAUGCAUCAAGCCCAUGAAAUGGUGCUGUUGAGAAUUGUACUUGAAAGGAGAAAUGGCCUGAAUUGAUACUUCUGUUGGGAUAAUCAGUUUCUCUGGUUUUGCUGUUUCACUCAGUUACUACUAAGAGUCUCCACAAAUAUUACUUUACUUGAAAAUGCAACUAAUAUAAAAUGGUAUAAGCUAUGAAAAUGGUAAAUAUGUGCACAUCCGUCUACAGUGCUCAGAAAGUAAAUAAAAUCUAUGUUGCUACA